AUGUCAGCCGCCCCUUCACGGGCUCAUUCCGAGGUUUUCUCGGCCUCUCAAUACGGCGGACCACAGCCCGUUCGACCGAUUCUCAACUUUUUCAUCGUUCCCUCAUUCAUCGCCCAUAUCGUCGGCUUGGCCUGUUUGUGGGCAUUGUGGUAUUAUUUGAGGUUAACCACCGUGUUCCCGUAUCAUCACCGUGUUUUCUAUUGCCGGGAUAUCAAUUUGUAUAAACCGAACUUUCGACCCGAGGAUUUUAAUGUGUACGUCUCGUACGAUUUGUUGUAUGUGCUCGGCUUUUGUCUACCGCCACUUGUGCUUUUGCUGGGCGAGAUCGCGUUUUGGAUGUUCUCGACGAAACCCCGGAAAACGGUGUACGCGACGUGCGGCGAGUGCAAAGUCCAUUUGUUCACCCGACGACUUUUCCGUUUCGUUGGUGUUUUCAUGUUCGGCGCGCUGAUCGUGCAAAUCUUCGUCGACACAAUCAAAUUGAUGACCGGCUAUCAGCGACCGUAUUUCCUCUCGUUGUGCAACGUCUCGAUUAGCGCUUGCACAGCUCCACUCGAGCACUCUCCAUCUCCGUCACCGCAACUAGCCUGCAACUAUCGACAUCCCGAUGAUUUGAGAUACGCCUGGUUGACUUUCCCAUCUCUUCACGCCGCCUUCUCAAGCUAUUCGGCUUGUUUCGCGUCGUGCUACAUCUACUACAUGAUCAAUCUCCGCGGCGCUCCCCUCCUUCGUCCAUUCCUCAUUUUCGGUUUCCUUGGUCUUUGCUUGGUUGAUUCGUUCUCGCGAAUCAAUGGAUACAAGAAUCAUUGGAGAGACAUUUGGGUCGGCUGGUUGAUUGGUUUUGUGGCCGCGUAUUUCUUGUGUCACUGUGUUUUAUGCUUCCAAGAGGUUUAUCACAUAGCCAUCGAGAAGGCGCCACUCAUUCAAGAGGUCGAAGAACGCGCUCCACCAUUCUUCCAAUGGUUCCGCUUGCCGCGAGUGCAAGCUCCAUCAGUGAAAGAGGAUUAUGUGGUUUACGAGGAAGACGUUCCACAAGUCGGCACUCAGCCGAGACAUCGACGAAACGCCGAUCGAACUUACGAGGUGACCACAACGACCGAAUCUUUCCACCGAACGAUCAGCCCACCGCAACAACACAAUUCGGCUCAACAAUAUCAAUAC